AUGUGUGUUGCGUUGGGAAUGGUUGAAGCUUCGGAGAAUAGCUUAUACUUGGGUUUGCCUUGUACCAUGGGGAGAAAUAAAAAUCUAAUCCUUGGUUUUCUAAAGGACAAAAUGCAGAAGAAAAUAUUCAGUUCGGAGAGCCAAUUUUUGUCAAAAGCGGGAAAAGAAGUCUUGUUGAAAUCUGUGGCUAAGGCAUUGCCUUCCUAUGCUAUGAGUGUGUUCUUACUUACGAAGGAAAUUUGCUCUAGUUUGGAGGGAGUGAUGUCAAAAUUUUGGUGGAAAUCUAAGUCAAGGGCUGCUACCAAAGGAGUGAGUUGGAUAAGUUGGAAGCGUCUUUGUCGACAUAAAAAUGUGGGGGGUAUUGGCUUUUGA